AUUCAACAUUCAGGUUGCAGCUGCAAGGACAUAAGGAGUUUUAUCGGAUAGGUACAUACCUAGGUAUACUCACAUGCACAGGCUCUUAUCGUACAUGCUAUAGCACGUAACCUCUUAACCUACAUACAUAUAUGUAGUUUAUUAUUAAUCUUUAUCAAAGGCGCAACAUUAAACACCUGCAUUGCAUUAAACUUCUUUGCUCAGUCACCAAGCUAAGCAUACCAGAUCGUUUGAUAGGCGUUGCUGGAAGAAAAAAAAUAUUAUCCUCAUCCUACUACUGCUACCACUUCUACUACUACCAUUUUGUUUCAGGAGCUGCCGGUUCUAGCUUCGUGCUGUCUUGUCUUUCCUUACUAUUCUUUACUUCAGGUAUCUACUUACAAUACUACCCCACCAACGAUCUUAAACAGUUGAGACAGAGACACACCCAGACACGGAGAGACAGUAUAGAGAGACAGAACGAGCGAGGAACAGACACCCUAAGCUGGUCCACCUAGUCAACCUUGCAACCUUAUGUACCUUGCGACCGCUACCGCAACAGUUUCAACCUUGCCGACUUCAAUCUCCAUCUUUCCAUUCAACUUUUUUACAACGAGAAGCCAUCAGUAGAGUUUAUCGUACUCUCUUAUCCACAUCCACCACCAUUACCAUUCAAAACAACUAUUCUCUACCUCAUCAACGUAUUCAAGAUGGCAUUAUCGAAACGCAUCGUGAAGGAGACGGAACGUCUUAUGACUGAACCAGUGCCGGGUAUCAGCGCGGUUCCCCACGAAGACAACCUUAGAUAUUUCGACGUCGAGAUCCACGGCCCCUCAGGAUCGCCCUACGAAGGAGGGAUUUUCAAGCUCGAGUUAUUCCUCACGGAUGACUAUCCAAUGGUCCCGCCUAAGAUCCGAUUUCUCACCAAGAUCUACCACCCAAACGUCGAUAAGCUUGGUCGAAUCUGUCUAGAUGUGUUGAAGAACAACUGGUCCCCUGCUCUUCAAAUUAGGACCAUCCUUCUAUCGAUCCAGGCCCUCCUCGGCGCCCCGAACCCGGAUGACCCCCUAGCAGCCGACGUCGCGAAGAGCUGGAAGGAAGAUGAGAACAAAGCCAUCACGACAGCCAAAGAGUGGACUAGAACGUACGCUAUGCCGCCCCAGUCGAAUUAGAAGAGUAGGCUGCAAAGAAGUCGUGUUGCCCGUCUGCGUCUGAAGAAAUCGGUCAAGAAAUCAGUCAAGAAAUCAGUCAAGAAGAUUCGAGAGGUGAUAUAUGCCAUAUAUAUCCCGCAUGUCGUCUAGGAAUCGAGGUCGCGAUCGAAAUCCAAAUCCAAAUCCAAAUCCAAAUCCACAGAAGAGUUGGAUGGAAAAGGAUACCUCGCUCACUUCAUACGCACUCGCCAUCCGACCUCGACUCCCUUUCUAGACUAUCAGCGGAUUAUUUUGCGUCUCUUCUUUUAUUUCCCCUCUUUCUUCAAUCAUCGUAGGGACGACUUCCUCUUACCACUACUACCACUACUACCACUAUCACCACCACCCCAGCGGUUUGUACGUUCGUUGAUAACUACGACGGACGGCGGGAAGAACGUGAGGGGCAUGCAUGAUGCAUUGAGAAAUAGCGAAACAGAAUAAGAAGAAAAUACUUGAAAUUUCCCGUCCGUCUGCUCGCCCGUCUGUCCUGUCCUGUGCUAUCUAUCUCGGGAUAUUCACAAUCGUGAUAUAGGAUAAGACACCAAGGUAGGUGC